AUGGAGAGUGGUACUACUGAGCACAGCAGUGAUAUGCAAAGUUCCCAUUUGCCAGAGUCAAGUUCUCAGUAUAUACCCAUCAAGCUAGAAGAGUAUGAACCUUCAGCCUUCAGUGCCAAGAAGCUCCUCAAAAAAGCCAAAGAGUCCUGCCAAUGUGACCGCCGAAGUGUCGUCACUUUCUUCCUCAAACUGUUCCCUAUAUUCGAGUGGCUUCCUCGUUACAGCAUCAAGGAGCAGCUGCUCGGGGACAUCAUCUCUGGCUUACUGGUUGGGAUAGUGGCCAUCCCACAGUCUAUUUCCUAUUCCAUCCUAGCAAGCCAGGAUCCUAUUUAUGGGCUCUACACCAACUUCUUCUGUGCCGUUAUCUACUUUUUCAUGGCUACCUCCCGUCAUAAUUGCGUGGGCUCUUUCGGGGUCCUUUGCCUGAUGAUUGGGGAGUCUGUAAACCGGCAACUCAAGCUGGCAGGAUUCGAACCUGGUGUUGAGGCUUCCUCGCCGGCAAAUGCCACAUUGAAUGGAACAAUCGCUUGUGACAAAAGCUGUUAUGCCAUCACUGUGGCGACCACUUUAACUUUUUUGGUUGGCCUGUACCAGAUUAUUCUCGGGGUCUUUCAGAUGGGCUUCAUAUCUGUGUAUCUUUCGGAACCCCUUCUAAGUGGCUUUGUGACUGGCUCCUCCCUGACUAUCCUUACUUCCCAAAUUAAUCUUCUACUAGGUCUAAAAAUUCCUCGCCAUGAUGGCGUGGGGUCUCUUAUCCUAACAUGGAUCGAGAUCUUCAGAUAUAUCUGGCAGACUAAUAUCUGUGACCUGGUCACCAGCCUGAUCGCUCUCAUCCUCAUUGUGCCAAUAAAGGAAAUCAACAGCUUGUAUAGGGAUAAGUUGAAAGCCCCUUUUCCCAUGGAACUUCUGGUGGUCAUCGCCGGCACUCUGCUGUCGUAUUUCUUCAACUUCAAAGAACGAUACAAAUCCAAGAUCUGUGGCAACAUCCCCACUGGCUUCAAGCAACCUGUUGUACCUGACCUGAGCCUUUUGUCGAAUGUGGCACUUGAUGCUCUGCCCAUUGCCAUAAUUGGUUUUGCAAUGACCGUCUCACUGUCCGAAAUAUUUGGCAAGAAGCAUGGCUACCCAGUGCGAGCCAACCAAGAGAUGAUUGCCAUUGGCGUGGGGAACCUAAUCCCGUCUUUCUUCUACUGCUUUGCUAGUUGUGCAGCUUUAUCAAAGACCUUGCUAAAAGAAUCCACAGGGUGCCACACUCAGAUCUCAAGCCUGAUAUCUUCAUUUGUGUUGCUCCUGGUGUUGCUGUGGAUCGCCCCGCUCUUCUACUCACUGCAAACUUGUAUCUUGGGGGUGGUGACUAUUGUUAACCUCAGGGGUGGCUUGAGGAAGUUUGCUGACACUCCCAAGAUGUGGAGGAUCAGCAAGGUAGAUACUGUGGUCUGGUGGGUCACCAUGCUGUCCUCCUCACUGAUCUCCACAGAGCUGGGCCUUCUGAUAGGGGUCUGUUUUUCUCUCCUCUGUAUAAUUUUCCGCACCCAGAGGCCCCGAGCCACUCUUUUAGGAAAAGUGAGCGACUCAGAAAUCUAUGAGGAUCAGUUCAUUUACAAGAGGAUCGACAGUGUUGCCAAUAUCAAGAUCUUCCGCUUUGAUACCUCCCUGUACUAUGCAAACAAGGACUACUUCAGAAGUUCACUCUUCCAGAAAACAGGAGUGAAUCCUUCCUUGGUUGCUGCCAUGCAAAAGGCUGAAGCAAAAGGGGAAAAAAAUGAGAACUGCUUUUCCUCUAAGUUUAAUUGCCUAAAGGUAACCAAGAAAGGAGCCAAGGCGGCUUCAACAGAUGUUCCCGCGCUAUCCUUUGACAUGCGCACCUUAAUUAUUGACUGUGGUGCCAUGCAGUUCUUAGACAGUGUUGGCCUGAAUGCGCUGAAGGAGACUCGCCAAGACUACCAAAAAAUUGGUAUCCAGGUCCUGUUGGCCAAUUGCAAUCCAUCUCUCCGCCACUUACUCCAGGCAGGUGGUUGGCUCACUGGGAUGGAGGAUACAGAGCUGCUCUCUUUUCAUAGUAUACAUGCUGCUGUGCAGUUUGCGGAGAAGCAGUCCAAAGCUCAGAGGGAGAGUAAAGCAGCUGAGGCUUCUUUCCUCAGCCCUGAGGCCCAGGAUUUCUCAAAAGACUCGACUUUGGAUAAACCCCUGUAG